ACCGUGGAGGACCGGCGGUCAUAGAGUGUGGAGGACUGGCGGCGCAGAGCGGCUCCCCCGCGCGCCUCCGUUCGCUUCCGCCCGCCUCGGGGGCCGCUUCCGGGCGGCGGCGGCGGCGGCGGCGAUGCCGGAGAUUGCGCUGCAGGCCGUGGUGUCCGCCACCAGCUCCGACCCGCGGCACCGGGCCGAGAACCUCCUGCAGCCGGACUCGGGCGGCCACUGGAGGUCGGCGGCGGCCGGGGAGAAGCAGAUCAGCGUCGUGCUGCAGCUCGCACGGGAGCAGCGCAUCCACAGCGUGCACAUCGGCAACGACGGCGCCGCCUUCGUGGAGGUGCUGGUGGGGGCGGCCGCUGGGGGCGACUUCCAGGUGCUGCUGCCCAUGGCCGCCUUCCUGUCCCCGGGGGAGAGCCGUGCGGGCACGGGGCUGCAGCGCGUGCGCCUCUUCGGCCCCGACGCCCUGGUGAAGGCGGCGGCCGAGCGCCCCUGGGACCGCGUCCGCCUCGUCUGCUCGCAGCCCUACUGCCAGGUGCCCCCGGGACCCCCCCGGGACCCCGAAAAGACCCCUGGGACCCCCCGGGACCCUGAAAAGGACCCCCGGGACCCCCCGGGACCCCGAAAAGGCCCCCCGGGACCCCAAAAAGCCCCCCCGGGACCCCAAAACCCUCCUGAGGGACCCCAGAAAGACCCCCGGGACCCCCAAAGGGCCCCCUGGGAUCCCAAAAGGGCCCCCUAG